UGUUGAAUUUGGAGGUAAACUGGGAGAAAGUGCCUCCUCUUCCUCCUCCUCCUCCACCUCCUCCUCCUCGGGCUUUAUUUGCUCCAUAUGGUGUUGGACAUGGUACCCAGGAAAGAAAAAACGCGUUUUGUGGGCGGAGGAAAAUCCUAGUAUUUGUCCGUCCUGAAAUUUGAUUCAGAAGUUCGGGAUCCUGGAAGACAAAAAGCAAACGUAGGGGGAGGGAAGAAAGGCAGAGAAGGACGGAGAGAGGUUUUUUUUUUACUGCGAGAAGAGUAAACUCACCAAAUACUCUGCAACCUCCGACUAAAGCUGUGUGACUAUGAGCACCUCGGGGCUUCAGGCCACUAACCGGCAGAAUGUGAAGGAGCUCGACAGCAUGAAGGAGUCCAUCAGCGACAUCAUCAACCAGCUCCAGGACAUCGACCCCACCAGGCUCUCCUUCUCCCCCUUCCUGGACCUGGACACUCAGAUCUCCUUGGCGCCGGUGUCAGACAGUCCCGAGUCAUCGGUGGAGGAGCUGCACUCGUCCUCCCACUCCGUCUCAGGCUCCCAGCGCUCCCUUGAACCGCCACCAGCAACCAAUCAGCCAAGGAGCUCUGCUCCCUGCCACCAGCAGCCCGGCGACGACCUCCCAGAGGAGCCACGAGCAGAUCAGACAGAGGAGGGGGAGCUGGAUCAAACUCUUUCCAGUCCGAUCAUCACAGCACACAAUUUGGACGCUGCAACGGAAAACCGCAUCAGCUUUCCAACCCCAGCCUCUCAGGGAGACAUUCCCAAUGGCACAGACACACCGAGAUGGAGUCCAGAAUCCACCAAUCUGGACUGCACUGUGGACGAGGGUCGGCCUCUGAUAGGCCCGCCGCCAGAGAGCGUGGAGCUGACUGUGUGGAGCCCAGAGAGGCGGGGAGAGACUUGCGAGGCCGCAGAGGAGGCUUCAGAUCGGGGACGAUGCUGCUGCCGCUGCUGCCAGUGUAAAUGCUGUCAGAGCGGCCGAGUUCCUGCUUUCUUCUCAGUCCUGGCCUCUCUUCUGUGUGCAGCCGGAAUCCUCUAUGCACUCUAUUUCUAUGUCCCCAUUAAACCCCCCGACUGUCCUGACACAGCCAGCCGCAUCGUCUUCACCUUCUGCUGCUGCGUGGUGGCAGCCGUCCCCAUCUUGCUCGCGAUGCUCAUGGGCGCAGCGUGCCAGUUCUGCACAGGCUCCUUCGGUUUGCAGGAGUCGUUUCCCAGAAGACGGGCGGUGCAGCAGCUGUUUGUCACAGCGUCCUUGGAGCAGUUACUCUUCUAUGUCCUCAACCUCGUCGUGAUGGCUGCUUUGCUGCCUCAAGACCAGCUGAAGUUGGUGCCUAUACUGGUCGCCGUGUUCAUCUUUGGAAGGCUUGUUUACUGGGUCAGCCUGAACGCAUGCAGCUCCUGGCGAGGCUUCGGCUCCGGCCUGACCGUCUUCCCGCUCCUGGCCAUGGUGGCUUUCAAUCUGUUCCUCAUGUACACCCUGAAUCUCAAGGACCCACUUUUUGGCUCUCAGGACAUCCUCUAUAAUCAGGUCACCCCCUCUUCCUGGUCAGGGGAGACAUCACAGAGCCCGAGUGGCAAACCAGACAUCCUACCCACAGACAUCCUGGACGCUCAGUGAGGAGGCGAGCUGCGCUUUCUUCUUUCAGAGGAGGAGAUCUUUUCCCAAAAUAGGCCAUUCCUGUGGUCUGCAGUUCAGCACAGCAACACACGCUGCCACUAUAACCUCCAAGUCUGUGACGGCUUAACUUGUAUUUUUGCUCCUCCUAUACAGGACUGUUUUUUUUUAAUGUGGAUUCAUGCUUAUUAUGUGAAAUGCAAGAGCUCUUUCCCUGCUAGUGGCGGAGGACGCCUUUGGACAAUGCUGUAGUCUUAAAACAUUUGUCCUUUUAAGCUAUUCCAGUGCCUAUAUUUAAUGUUUUGAACUCUAAGUACUUUAAAGCUCUGCUAUGUAUGGCUGAAUUUGGUUUGACCUAAAAUACCACAAGCAAAGUAACUGCAGUUGUCAGACUUUAUUAUUACUUCAACUUGUCCAGAAAGUCUGUACAUGAAGAAGACAGAAUAAAAGACAUUUGUAAAAACAUCUUUUCAUCUUUCCCAGUUUUCACUUCCAUCUCUGACAUUUGAGCGGUUCGACUGAGCAGCUAUUCCUGGAGGAACUGUAGUGUGUGUUUUCAGUGCUGGGACUGUCAUUAUGUGAUAACAUGCUCUCGAUGUUCUCUGGUUGCUCUCCAUCUCCACCCUGCUGGCGUCCUCGCUGCCGCUGCCGCUGCUGCUGCUGGUGCUCGGCUGGGCUUGUGGCACAAAAUGAGGCCAAAACAAAAACAGGAUGCUGAAGACUGCUGCACUGACUUUAU